UUUGGCUCAGAAAACGACCCCCAGCCAUGUGGGCAGAAGCUAGUGCCCACCGCGCUGAGCAGGACUGAUGAUAGGCCCAUGGCACCAGAGGAACCUGUGCCAUGUGAGGAUUUUGCCACCUGCGGCGUUGCCCAGUUCCAGAACCGGAACUUUCCCAAAAAUGUCAAGCAGCAGGACUCCUACUUCGUCGUGGAGGACAUGUGCGUCACCUUCGGCGUGCGCCUGGGCACGGAGCGUGUGGCCUUGUACGGUGUCGUGGAUGGCCAUGGCGAGUGCGGAGAGGUAUGCGCAGCCUUUGUUCGCCGGCACCUCCCGACGCAGCUGGCGCAAUCCAGGCACUUUGCAGAAGGCCGCCUGGAGGCUGCGCUCCUGGAAGCGUUCCUGCAGACGGAGCUGCUGCAACAGUCUGCAGGGCUGCCACUUUGGGCGUCGGGCGCGUGUGCCACUGCGGCCUGCGUCACUCCAACCAGCAUCGUCGUCGCGAACUGCGGUGACUGCCGCUGCGUGUGCGAGGACCAGGGCAUUGCACAGGACUUGUCCUCGGACCACAACGUCCAGAACGCGACGCCAGAGGAGCUCCGGCGAGUGCUGGCAGCAGGAGGUACGAUCACCCCAGAUCAGCGGGUCACAACUCCCAACGCGCCUGGGCGCCUGGCAACCACACGUUCCUUCGGAGACCAUUGGGCAAAGGCACAGGGACCCCCAGAGGGCCACAUCAUCACUGCACUGCCAGAGCUGCGGGCAAUAGCGCGCCGCCCUAGCCAGCGCUUUCUUCUGCUGGCCUCGGACGGCGUUUUCGGCUUCAUGUCGUCACAGGAGGUGGUCUCCAUGUGCGUCUCCAGCGCUUCUCAGCUGCCAGUGGGAGCUCCGCUGUCCAGCGUGGGGCAUGCCGUGGUUUGUUCUGCUGUUGCACGGCGGAGCGACGACAACUGCACAUGCUUGGUGGUGGACCUUUCCAGAGUGGAUGCGGCCGUAGGCCCUACGCCAAUGAACUUUGCGCCGAAUCCUGUUCAGGCAAGUGCCGAGCCGCCAAAGCCUCUGAUGCCAGACCAUGGCAUCACCAACGGCAGCUUCCAGAACGGAAUGGUUAAUGGCCUCCCCAAUGGCACCAAGCAUGGCUUCCCAAAUGGCAGCUUCACAAGCGGCAACAUGCCAGAUGACGACGUCUUCCCCGCCAGGCCGCGGAGGAGACUUGAAGAGGAGCUCAAAGCAAGUGGGAGGCACAUGGAGGGCGGGAAGGAUGACUCUGACAAGACAUCCCUGCCUUCGUCCACGCCUGGGCCAAACGAGGUUUGUUGGUGCCCGUGGUGCUGGGGCAUGAACCAGCAAGGCGAAGCGGAGAACCGAGUGCUUGGAUGCUUUGAGAAGUGGAGGCUUCACAUGCAUGAGCACCAUUUCGACAAGCUCUCCGUGGCAUAUACAGCUGAUGAGAUCGUUCCUUGCUAUUGGUGCUGCAGGCCGUGCGUCACAAAGAAGGGUCAGCACAAAAGCUCGAACCGCCUUCCGUUUUGGGGCUCCCAUGAGCGGGUUUGCCGGGAAAACCCCAGCAAGCCUGUUCUUCCUGGCCAGGCCCGCUCGGAUGGCUCCCAGACCUCCAGCGAGCGCGGCCCGCGGGCUUACGGCCGGCCCUCUCCCAGCACAUAUCGAGACCUCCGGGACUCGAACGACCUCCGCGAGCUGCGAACCUUCGCGCUUCCAGGCGACGGCCCUUCGCGCGGCUUUGAACACCGACUACAACCAUCCAAAGGCAGCGAUGGACACUCGGGCGGGCAGAGGAGGUCGCCGCAGGUUCACCUUAGCGAUACCACUCUGAACGACCGCACAGACGCAGGAUCCCGUCGAGCGCGACCCCGUGCACUUUGAAAGGUGCCGACACCAUCCACUGCUGAAGUCCAGAGGUAUUUUCUGCCAGUUGUUUUUGGUUUUCAGUAUCAUGGGCA